AUGUCUGAUAUCAUACAUGACCUGCUGGACUGGUCCAAAACUCAAAAUGUCGUCCUCAACGGCAUUAAGCCCAACGCCUUUCCUGGCCGGGGCAUAGGUCUCAUCUCAACCCGUGCCAUUAAAGAAGGCGAUGUCGUUCUAGAGGUCCCCACUUCAGCGAUCAAAACUCUGGACGAUCUCCCACCGAGCCUCCGCAAGAAGCUUCCAUCUCCUCCGGACACGACCGUUCACGCCUUGCUCGCCCUCGACCUCGCCACGGAUGCCUCCUCCUGCCCUGCCCCCUGGCGAGCCGUCCUCCCAUCCCGCGCCGAUAUAGCCACCAUGCCGCUGACCUGGGAUGAGCGCCUGCACCCGUACCUGCCCCCAGCGGCUCGCGAGCUCCUGAAGCAGCAAAAGACAAAGUUCGAGAAGGAUUUUGCCAACUGCGUCGCCGCCGUCCCGGGCCUCGACGAGUCUAGGUACAGACACGCCUGGCUCCUUGUCAACUCGCGUACCUUUUACCACACGUCGCCCCUCACGGCCAAACUGCCCAAGGAGGACCACCUCUCGCUGCAGCCCGUUGCUGACCUCUUCAACCACGCCGCUCGCGGCUGCACCGUUGCCUACUGCGACCUCUCCUACACAGUCACCGCCAACACAUCGUUUCCGCGCGGCGCCGAGAUCCCCAUCUGCUACGGCCGCCACAGCAACGAUUUCCUCCUCGUCGAGUACGGCUUCAUCCUCGAGGGCGCCUCUAACGAGUGGGACGAGGUCUCGCUCGACGACGUGCUGCUGCCGCGCCUUCGGAAGCCUGCGACGCGUAAGCGAGACCUCGAGGAUGCCGGCUUCUGGGGUCGCUACGUGCUCGACUCUGAUAUGGUCUGUUUCAGGACGCAGGUCGCCGUCCGGAGCCUCGUCGUGCCCGAGUGGGUGUGGAGAUCGUUUGCUGAAGGGCGGGAUGAGGGGGAGGGCGCCCAGUGGAAGGUGGACACGGAGCUGAAGACGAUGCUCGAGGAGUAUGAUGAGCAGAUUGAAGCUACGGUCAAGGAGGUCGAGUCCUUGGAGGUUGUCGGCGAAGCGGUCCAGAGGGAGAUCAUCGUGCAGCGAUGGCGCCAAAUUCAGACUAUCGUCAGGGCUGCGAUAAAAAGAUUAGCGCAAUAA